UCAGCCAUCACAUUCACGGUCCUGGCCCCGGCAGUAUCCCGCUGUUCCCGACGCAAGUAGGUCCGGGUAUUCCACCCAGCGGCCACCCAAUGCAUGCGCCUCCUGGGCCACAUGGGGCCUCUGGUCCACCUGGUCAAUCCGCAUCCAUGGGUUUGCGCAUGGGCGAGCCGAAUCCAUACGGCAUGUCUCACCAAAACCAAGGCCCCCCUCCACCCCACCAUUCCCACCAGAUCAUGCAUAGUCACAGCAGCAGCUCGCUUUCCCAUCAGGAACGGCAGCACCGUGUCCGCGGCAGUAGCACCAGCAGCUCUGGUCCUCCUGGUCCGGGCGGCGUGUUCGACCACAACCACAGACCGAGUAACACCGCCUCCCCCGUCAUGGCAAGUCUCCAGCGCCCGGCGUUCGACGAGCGCGACCCUCGUGAGCGGGAGCGGGAGCCCGGGCCGAGUACGGGCGGCAGACCCCGUGGACCCCCUGGAGCAGGCAUGCCUCCGGGGUCCGCAUUGGGAUCAAUCGUCUCCAGCGCUAUAGCGCACGGCCGCUCUCAGGAUGGCGUGACGCAGUUACUUGGUCCUGGACUCCAUCCCAGCGCUAUGGCGAAGGACCGCGACCGCGAGAGGGGCAUGGAGCGAGCGAUGGAGCGCGAACGGGAGAGACGAGACAGCGGUGCGAGUAUGCAAGAGUCGCCUGGCUCAGCUCGUCGCGAGCGCGAUCAACGGGAAAGAGACCGGGAGCGGGAGAUUCAGAGAGAGCGGAUGAAGGAGCGCGAGCGCGAACGCGACCGGAUGGAGCGGCACGCGCAACGAGAACGUGAAGAGCAGCGAAUGCGGGAGGUGCAACGGGAGAGAGAGCGGGAGAGCGAGGCGCAGAGGGAGGAGGUGUUCAGGCGUCAGGCCCAGGAGAUGAUGACACUCGGCAGUGUCAUUGAGCGGGAGGGCCGCGAACGUGAGUACAUGAAGGGUCAGCAGGCGCAAACGCAGGGCCUCGGCCAUCCAAAUAUGCGCGUCCAGCUCCAGCCGCAGCCACCGAUGCAAACGAUGGGCCCGCCUCCAGGAGAGGUCUGGUCGCGGUUCGUGCAGCCGAGGGGCCCUUCGAUGGAGGAUGGGCGGAUCGUUAGGGAGCACGAGCGGUCGGUGGAGAGGAGACCACUGUACGAGGAUGCACGGAUGCAAGACCUGGAGUGGGAGGCAGAGAAGGUCGAGCGGGCACCCACACGCAGCAGCAAGUCGCGGUCGAAUCCGAAGGAGAGGGAGGAGAGGGAGCGUGUGAAGGCGACGCAGAGGGAAGAACGUCGAAGUAAGGUAAAUGCUGGCCAACGUGAAAAGGAGCGCGAGCGCGAGAAGGUAGACGCGGAGAGGCGCGAGAAGGAGAAGGCACUUGAGCGCGAGCACCAACUUGCGAUGGAAAAGGAGGUCCAAUACCAGAUUAUGGAGCGCGAGAGGCGGGAGAUUGAAGCUAUGCGCGGCCGAGCCCGCGAGCCACAAGGACCGCCCCAGGGCCCACCGUCCAACUCCCAUCUUCAUGCCCACCACAAUGCCUAUCCGCCGAAUCAAGCCUACUCAAGUCCCCAACCGCAAGGCCAUGCCAGAUCGUCGAGCAAGCAGGGAGCAAUGACGCCCCAAGGUCUCAUUCACAUUCCUGGGCCUGGCGACAUGCCUCCACAGUUUCCUCAAGACCGCGAUCCUCAGUUCCGACAAGGCUCGUCCAAGGCCACCGGCCCGUCGGCUCUCUCGCAGGUUAUCCCACCACCACCACAGCACCAGCCCCCACCGCACCUUAUGGGUCACCAUCCCCAACACUUACAUCAGCUGGGGCCUGGACCCCAUCUCCGCCAACACCCCGCGGACAUGUACGGGCCUGGAGGCCCACUGGGGUACCCUCCACGCCGCCUCUCACCACCGCCCUUCCAUCCUGGCUCCGCACCUCCCAUAGCAGCAUCAUUUGUGUUCCCUCGUUCAGCGACACCGCCACCUACGCUCAUCCUCCCAAUACGUCAUCUCGGGACCUUUAUCUACCCUCGUACGCCCUUCCCGUUCGUCGACUUCCCGGGACCCGUCGCCGAAACUGGCGCACCGUCCGACCCCAUCGACAUACGCGCGACACUCUUCAUCCCCUCACGCUUUAUCCCGCUCACGCGUCCCGUACGCCCGCGCAUAUGGGGCGGUAGCCUCAUCCCCGCCGUUCCCCCGCUCACUGCCGCGCAGCGGCAGCUCGUGCAGCAGUUCAGUGGCGGACUGCCGGGUUACGGCAGGCCAGAGCAGCAGGAGAUUCGGGACGGUCGGCGCGUAUACACGGACGACUCGGACCUCUUUCUGUGUGCGCUGCACGCGGGGUGGGUGUCUUGGAGCGCUGCGCGUCGUGCGCGGCGCGAGGGCAAGGACUUGCGCCUGGAGGUGCGGCUCACGAGGGAGGCACGGUUCGUGGGCGGACUCGGCCAGGCGUUGCGCAAGAAGGACGCUGCAUCAGACGAAGAUGCUGAGCUCGAAAACGACGGGAGCUCGCUGCUGAGUUCUGGUUGGGGCAACGGGCACGAUGGCUCGGGCGUCGAGAUUCUCAACGCCGAGUUCGUUGCUUCGGGUACCGCACACUCGUUCGGCCUUCGGAAUCGCUCGCAGCGGCUGCUGGAGUAUGCAGAACGGCGAUGCGCACUGGGAUGUGCGCCUCGUUCAGGUCGCAAGCGGAGACGGCUGCAUGCUAUGUCCUUUGCGGACGUUUCGGAGAGCCCGUUGCAGCUGCGUUUGGACCAAGUGGACGACGAUCUCAGCUCGACGCGCAUCAUGGUCUUCGGCACCGACGCGAGCUGGCCUGAAAUUGGUUUUAAAUAUCAUCCGGAUGCUCUGCGCGAUGUCCUGUUCCCCCAACCAGUCGCCGAGUCCCGUCCCAACAAACGUAGGAAGGUUGGGACGUCUCCGGAGAACGCGACGUCAGAGCCCGCAACCGACGCCGGUAGCGACGACGGGCUCUCCGAGCAACGCGCCGUCGUCGUCGAGACGAUGUGGGAGAGCUUCCUCAUCUCGCAGCGCGGUCAGAUACCGUCCGGAGAGGGUGAGAGCGACAAGGAGAACGCGGGGGAUGGAAGCGACGGUGGUGGUCGCCGGUAUGUGAUCGCUGUCCUCACGACCGCCGGUGGCACGGCUGGGAAGCUCCCGCGUCCUCGACCGAAGGCUCAAGGCUCCCAGGAGCAAGCCGUUCCUGCUUCGGAGGCGCUGGAAGUUCCGAAACCGAACGGCGUUCAGACACACGAAAGCGCGCUACCGGUUACGGACACUACCACUCCGACGCCAAGUAUCACCGAGAACGGCUCCACUCUCACACCAUUGCCGGAUGCCUUGCAAGAUGCGCCUGCGAAUGGUGCCUCCAAGGAACCGACCCCAACGCCGUCGAAGGCCAGCGACGAGUCCACGGAGGCCACGGACGACGCGAACGGACCGAUCCAGAUCCUGCACCACAAUCUCAGCGAGGAGAACUUCGAGUUCCUGCCGGACGGCAUCCACGUGCUGAGCAGCGAGGUCGAGAACGGCAUGCGCAAGGGCUGGAAACUGCAGGCGCAGCAGUGGAAGUGGGUGCAGGUUGGGGUUUCGUCGUGACGGGAGGGUGCGCAGGUUGUUGGACGCGCGGAGCUCGGGUCCGCGGUCGGUGUAGUGCUGUCUCUUUUAUAUCGCUAUCAAUAUUGUUAUUCGCUCGUACAGAUAUAAUAUCAAAGGUCCGCG